UUCCUCUCUCUCUCUAUAUAUUGGGAUUGUUUGCUUUAUAUAUAGAGACAAGUCCUUCUGUUACCAUUACCAUCCCUCACUUUGCAUGAAAACUUCUCCUAUCUGUCUCAAUUGUCUAUCUUUAUUUGCUCUCUCACUGUUUUCCUUCUCUUUUUGUCCCUGCACGCCUUAGACAACCAGAUUGAAACCCCCCCACAUAAAAAAAUCACUCCUUUUCAGGUUCCAACCAAGGAGUGCUUAGUCUGAUUCUGAUUCUGUAGAUGGAUCCUUCUUGUGAACAACCCCAGCAAAUGUCAGUGGAGAAGAAACCAAGGCCUAAUCCAGAACAAGCUCUGAAAUGUCCAAGAUGCGACUCCACCAGCACAAAAUUUUGCUACUACAACAACUAUAGUCUUUCUCAGCCAAGAUAUUUCUGCAAGUCUUGCAGGAGAUAUUGGACCAAAGGAGGAACACUGAGGAAUGUUCCAGUGGGAGGAGGAUGCCGAAAGAAGAGAUCAUCAUCGUCGUCAUCGUCAUCGUUUAAGAGGGAUCAUGAUCAGAGUUUCACACCCAAUCUUAACCCACUCACUACAUUCCCUCAGUUGUGUUAUGGCUCCAAUGACUUCACUCUAGCAUUGGCAAGACUUCAAAAACAAGCAAGUGGACAAUUGGGUUACAAUGACCAUGAAAUUUCUGGUGUGGGGAACCCCACAGGCUCUUUUUCUGACAUGAAUCCCUACUCAGAGCACCCUUCAUUUCUGGACGCAAUUCGAAGUGGGUUCCUUGAAACACAAAACCAUCUUCAGAAUUUGUAUUACAUGUAUGGAAAUGGAGACAUUGGGGAGGUGGAUAAUGGAAAUUCUGGUGGAGUUGGGAUCAGCGAAGAGAUGAUGCUCCCUUAUAAUCAAGUGAUGAACAAUGCAGCCACUCAAUCAGUGAGUGCAUUACUGAAGCAGGAACAGUGUGGUGGCAGUGAGCAAUUCAAACAAUGGCAGCUUAAUGCAGACACAAACAAUGGUGAAAUUGAUUCAGGAAGAGCAAUUCAAAGUUGGAACAGUUUCUCAUCUUCUUGGCAUGGACUUCUGCAGAGUCCCCUCAUGUAGAAAAAGGCACUUGCUUGAGUAAAAUCUCAGUCUUCAUUAACAGGGAUUUGAUUCACUUGGAUCCUUUCUUUACUUGUGUUUUUCUCUUUUUCCUGCUUUUGUUUAGUACUCCAAAACUGUCAAAUUUUCUGUACUUUUAUCUUCUUAUUGAUGAAUAUGAAUAGACUAAUGAAAUUUCAGAUUUUGUUUACCAAA